GAUUUUGUAUCUAUAACUAAAUAAUUAUAAUUAACUAAAUAUUAUAACUAGUCGUUUUUAAUUUAUCUUCGGAAAACCAUAUACAUAAAAUCUGCAAAAUAAUAAUUUAACUACUAUGAACAUGAGACAAACUCAUAAAAUGAUGCAAUUUUUCGUUCAGCAAGGUUAUUUUACAUGUUAUAAAAUUAAUAGGAAGUUGCAAAGAUUUUCAAUAAAUGUCUACAAACCAUUCAUAAGACAAUAUAAUCAUCAAGUAUCCUCUAUAAGUUUGGUAGAUGAUUUGAAAAAAGAUUCAACGUCAACCAAUAAAUUUGUAAAUAGAACUCAUACUUGUGGAGAGUUGAAUAUUAACAAUGUACAUGAAAAUGUAGAGCUUUGUGGAUGGUUGGAAUUUCAGCGACUUGGAAAAUUUUUUAUAUUGAGAGAUGCAUAUGGUUCCACCCAAUGUAUUAUUCAAGAUGAAAAAAAUGAUGUAUCUAAUAAAAUACAAAAGUUACCAUAUGAAGCAGUAUUGAAAGUAAAAGGAGUGGUUUUGCCUAGACCUGAGUUUCAAUGUAAUAAAAAAAUGAAUACAGGAGAUAUUGAAGUUCAAAUAGAAUCAUUAGAAGUUCUCAAUUCAUCUAUGCCUCAAUUGCCUUUUUCCAUAAGAAGUUUCCAUAAAGCUAAAGAAUCACUUCAAAUGCAGUAUAGAUAUUUAGCUCUACGAUUUCCUGAAUUGCAAAGAAAUUUAAGGAUAAGGUCUUGGGUCACUAUGAAAAUGAGAGAAUAUUUAAUAUACCAAUGUGGCUUUUGUGACAUUGCUACUCCCACACUAUUUUGUAAAACUUCUGGAGGUGCACAAGAAUUUAUUGUUCCAACAAAACAUGCAGGAAAGUUUUAUUCUCUGGUUCAAAGCCCUCAACAGUUUAAGCAACUAUUAAUGGUUGGAGGUUUGGAUAAAUAUUUCCAAAUAGCCCAAUGCUAUAGAGAUGAAGGUUCAAGACAUGAUAGACAACCAGAAUUCACUCAAUUGGACAUAGAAAUGUCUUUUAUUGAUCGCAAGAGUAUAAUGGAAAUGACAGAAAAUGUAAUCUUAAACAGUUGGCCUGAAUUUUUAGGAAAAAUCAAAACACCUUUUGACUAUUUAACAUAUGAAGAGGCAAUGGAAAAGUAUGGCACAGACUGCCCUGAUCUUAGGAUACCUGGACAAAUUCACAACAUAUCUUCAAUCAUUAAAAGUAUAGACACCAAUUUUAAUCAAGCUUAUAGUAUUUAUGCAACAGUAUUCAGUGGAAAACAACAACAUUUUACCAACUCUACUAAAAAAAAGCUAAAUCAAUUAUCAAAGCAAAUGUUUCAAAGAGCCAAGUUCAUUCAAUUGAAAGUAAAUAAUUUGAACAUGAAUGAGUUACAAGGGUUAUUUUCAGAGGAUUCACGAAGAAGUAUUGUUGAAAACCUUAGUUUAGCAAAAGAUGACAUUUUAUUAUUAACUUAUGGACCUAAAUUAGAUGCUAGGCAACUCCUUGGAAGAAUAAGAAUUGAAUUUGUUAACAUCAUAGAAUCUAGAAAUGAAAAUGAAAAGAUUAGAUCAUCCGAGUAUAAGUUUGUUUGGAUACUUGAUUUUCCCUUAUUUACAUUUAACAAUGAGAAAAACAUUUUGGAAGCUACUCACCAUCCAUUUACUCAGCCUCAUCCUCAGGAUAUGAAAUAUUUGAAUACAGAUCCAACAAAGGUUCGAGGCUUACAGUAUGAUCUAGUUAUGAAUGGAUCGGAAAUCGGCGGGGGAUCUAUUCGUAUUCAUCAAAGAAAAUUGCAAGAACAAAUAUUAGAAAUGUUGAAUAUUGAUUCAUCGAAGAUGUAUUAUUUACUCGAUGCUUUAGACAGUGGGGCACCUCCACAUGGUGGAAUUGCUAUAGGUUUAGAUAGGUAUAUUUCUUUAAUAUGCAAAGCAUCUAGUAUUCGAGAAGUCAUAGCUUUUCCAAAAACUAUGGAAGGACGCGAUUUAAUGUCUGAUGCUCCAACAUCAAUUUCUGAAGAAGAUAAAAAAUUAUAUCACAUUCAAGUUAUUGACAAUCAAUGAAAUUUUGUACAUAAACCAUUGUUGUAUUUAA